AUUUAGAGGCUGCUAAUUUAGAACUCCAAACUAACCAACAAGCUAAUUUAGGGCUAAUUAUUAAAAAGAAAAAUUUAGAUGAUAUGAAUAAGAAAGAGGAGCAAAGCCUUAAAGACCAAGAAUUAAUUAAGGAACUUCAAAAAAAGAUUGAAGAAUUGGAAGAAAAAAUAAAAGAUUUAGAGGGAGAAGAUAAUUUGUAUAAAGGAAGAUUAAAUUUAGAAAACCAUGACGGAAAGUUAGAUGUAGGAGAAAUUGAAAGAAGUGAGGGAGAAAAAAUAAAAGAGAUUGUCGUUGAAAACAAUUGUAAAAAUCUCUCUUUUAUUAAUUAUACUUUGCCUCUUGAAGUUUCUUUUGAAGAAUAUGGAUUAGAAUUAGAACAAUUCAAAGAGGUUUUUGACCCAAAUUGGCUACAUGAUAAUAAGGAUGUUUCUAUUUCAACAUUUUAUUCUCUACAAGUAGGAAAAAGUAGAGAAUGA